GGAGAGGAGUCAAAAAUGUAUCGUGACUGACUGAGAAAUCUUGUUGCUUAGUUGGCCUCCUCUCUGUUUACAUCGCUUCAAUGAAUUGAAAUUUUUCAUCGCACGACACCUGGAACUUGAACCUUUCAUUUUAUUGAAUUGCAGACACUUACACUUAGCCUUUAUCUGCGAGAUGGCCGACAAACUUGGGCUCGGCUCUGAAGUUAGAGAACUCAAGUUAGGUCCCAGUUUUACCAAUAAAAAAUCAACUGCCUUUCACACGCUGAAGUUGUUCUUCGACACAAUGUUAACUGUCAAAAUCCACAUCGCUUGACUGUCUCUACUUAUGCGAUGCUUCAACUCGCACGUUUAUCCAUUACCUUCCAGAUGACUUCAAGCCAGCCAGCGUGGAUGUAUCUAAAAUGGCGCAAGUUGAUGUCGGCACAAAUAAUACCAUGACGGUGACCGUGCCGCAUUUAGAUGGAGCAGGAACACCCCAUACUGUGUUCAAGGGUUCUCAGCGGGCAUAUCACAAAGAAUGUGUUUUAAUAAUUGACCGAACAACUGGGGAAGUCACGCUCGAAAAGUUAUCCUCAAACAUACAAGUGAAAAAGACACGGACUGAAACCAAGUCUCAGUCGUUUUUGAGCAUUCCUGGCCAGAAUAGCAACAACCGACCUUUCACACCGGUGGAAACUAAGAGGAGCCCAACUCAUGGAAGGGCAAAUGGCAGAACCAAAGUAACAAGUGGUAAAAAGAAGGAGCCUACCGUUCAGCUCCAUCCUAAACAACACAGUCCGCUCCAAGUGUCACCCUAUCAUGGAAAGAGUCCACCAAAUAUAUCCACCAGCAGUUCCCCUGUGCCACCAUCCAUGCUUCCAUCGACUUUAGCCAGUCUUCCAAUGAUUGGUUUGGACAACGAUGAUUUUGCCCUUUCAUCUAUGCCGAUUCCUGCUGAAUCCUCGCACGGUACAGCUCCACCCCGAACCGAGGUACCAGUUGCUAGGGAAAGAACGAUUGAGGAAAGUGCUCCCAUAAUCGCAGAAAGCGAAGAAGGUGCCCUCAGCGACUCCAGCUCCAGUAGUUCGAGCUCGGACAGCUCGGACAGUGAUUCUGAUGCUGAAAAUGUACCAGUACCUAUGAUAACCAAUGGGCAUUCAAACAGUAUGGCCUCUCCCUCGUUGUUGAUGCCCCCUAAUUUGCUUAAGGAUGACCUCCAGUUAUCCGAAUCUGGAUCGGACAGUGACUAGAAGAAAACGCUACUUGUGUAUAAAACGUGCUUUGUCCAACGGAUAUUGGGUGCUCGUUAUUUGCUGAAGGCAUACAGCAGUACCUUGGACCCUUUGGAUUUUGAUGCCAACGACCGCAGCAAAAUGAUUGAUCAAUGAAUUUAAAUUGUAAAUAGGGCCAUGCGGCUGAGCUGUUUCGAGCUGGCCAAUUUAGUUAUUCAAUCGAUGGCAGAGUUAGUUGACAUAAAGAAAUUAAGUCAUCAAAAACAAAUCAACUUAUUGAAAAAGCCGCUGAAAUCAUUUGAUUCAUCGCAAGUGAUAGUAAGCCAAUUUAGGAGUUCAUGAACAACCGGUUCAUGCUUACCCUGCAACUUCAAAGAUAAAAGUAGAAGUUGCUAUUUGAGUAUUUAUGCUAGAGACACCCAGAUGUACCUUCAAGGUUCGAAACCACUGAUCUCUUUCACCGCUGAUUUAUGAACCAUCAGCUAAUUAUUGAAAUUGCCCAUUGUAACUGGUUAAACUGAUUUGAGCCGUACAGCCCUAGGUAUAAACAUGUACAAAGCCUUAUGUAGUGGAUGAAAUAAACGAGUUAUUAAUUAA